UAACCCUGUUGUUCUAACGGGUCAGGUCUGCGAAAAAUUACAGAAGAUCGCAGCAGGAGAAAGAACAUAGGUUUUAGGGGGGUUUAAGGCGGCUACACACCAUAUCCUCUCUCUCUCUCUCUCUCUGAUCUCACUUCCAUUCUAUAUGAUUUCUCAUCUUGUUUACACUUACCAAUCUAUCCAAUUGUCGCCUUCACUUGGCCUCUGCUUUGUGGGAAAAUCCCAUGAAUUUUUAUCAUGUUCACCCCAAUUCCGAUCAUCAACCCUUAAUUCCCCACUAAAAUCCACCACCACAUUUUCUUGAAAUGUGGAGAAACUUGUUGAAACAGGCUUCCUUGAAGAAGCCCAAGUCCUCCACCGAGCCCUACUCUAUCGUACCGUUACUAUCUAACCCCAUAAACUUCUCCAAACCAUCGAAUUUUCCUGACAAAAUUAGGCCAAAAGACCACACGGGUGUAUCAUUCUCUACAAAAGACCAGAUGGGACUUUCCAAGAUCUCAUUUUUACCAAACCCUUUUGCUAGUUUUUCAAGUUAUAUGAGGGGGAGGGGUUAUGGAAGUGUGGCCCAGGCCCUCGUUUCAACAGAAGAAGAAGAUAGUGAUGAAAAUCAAGAAUUGAUUGAGGCGUCUACUAAGAAACCAAAGCAGCCGAAAUUGGUGGGUGGGAUAGGGCAAGGGAAGUACCUAAUGCUUAGGAGGAGGCAGAUAAAGACUGAGACAGAGGCAUGGGAAGAGGCUGCCAAGGAGUACCAGGAACUGUUAGUGGACAUGUGUGAACAGAAGCUGGCACCCAAUUUGCCUUACAUCAAGUCGUUGUUCUUGGGUUGGUUCGAACCGCUGCGGGAUGUUAUUGCUAAAGAGCAGGACUUGUGCAAGGAAGGGAAGAACAGGACGGCUUACGCCCCGUGGUUUGACCAGCUGCCCGCAGAUAUGAUGGCGGUUAUUACCAUGCAUAAGUUGAUGGGUUUGUUGAUGACUGGGGGAGGACAUGGUGGUGCCAGGGUGGUCCAAGCUGCUUGCCAAAUAGGUGAAGCCAUUGAGCAUGAGGCUAGGAUAUACCGAUUUUUGGAGAGGACAAAGAAAAAGAACACAGAGAACAAGAAUCCUGAAGAAGAAUCUGAUUCUGUAGUUAAAGAUGAACAGAAAUUAAGGAAAAAGGUUAACGUCUUGAUGAAAAAGCAAAAAGUGAAGCAAGUGAGGGCAAUUGUGAAAGAACACGAUGAUGUAAAACCUUGGGGCCAAGAUGCUCAAGUCAAGGUUGGUUGCCGUUUGAUUCAGUUGUUGAUGGAAUCUGCCUACAUACAACCUCCAGUCGAGCAAUUAGGAGAUGGUCCACCAGAUAUUCGGCCUGCAUUUAUCCACUCUCUGAAAACUGUCACGAAGGAAACACAGAAAUUUAGCAGGAGAUAUGGAGUUAUUGAAUGUGACCCUUUAGUUCGCAAAGGCCUUGAAAGAACUGCUAGGCACAUGGUGAUUCCAUACAUGCCAAUGUUGGUACCUCCUGUAAACUGGACAGGGUAUGACAAAGGAGCAUAUAUAUUCUUACCAUCGUCUGUGAUGCGCACUCAUGGAGCAAAACAGCAACGGGAUGCAGUGAAAAGGACUCCAAAGAAGCAAUUAGAUUCUGUUUUUGAGGCCCUUAAUACCCUUGGCAAUACCAAAUGGAGAGUAAAUAAGAGGGUUCUUGGUGUCAUAGACAGGAUAUGGGCGAAUGGAGGCAAUCUUGCAGACUUGGUUGAGCGAGAAGAUAUUCCUUUACCAGAGGAACCAGACACAGAUGAUGAGGCUGAAAUCAAGAAAUGGAAGUGGAAAGUUAAAGCUUUGAAAAAGGAGAACAGUGAGCGGCAUUCACAGCGAUGUGAUAUAGAACUAAAACUUUCUGUUGCACGAAAGAUGAAGGAUGAGGAUGGCUUCUUCUAUCCACACAACCUUGAUUUCCGCGGUCGUGCAUACCCCAUGCACCCAUAUUUGAAUCAUCUUGGCUCUGAUCUCUGCCGAGGCAUAUUGGAGUUUUCUGAGGGGCGUCCUCUUGGAAAGUCUGGAUUACGUUGGCUCAAGAUACAUCUGGCGAAUCUGUACGGUGGUGGUGUGGACAAGUUGUCAUACGAUGGUCGGAUAGCAUUUACUGAAAAUCAUGUGGAUGAUAUCUUUGACUCUGCAGACCGGCCUCUGGAAGGGAGGCGUUGGUGGUUGGGUUCAGAGGAUCCAUUUCAAUGCUUGGCGGCAUGUAUUAAUCUUGCUGAAGCAUUAAGAAGCUCCUCUCCAGAGACCAGUAUCUCUCACAUGCCUGUCCACCAGGAUGGAUCAUGUAAUGGCUUACAGCACUAUGCUGCCCUUGGAAGGGACAAGUUAGGAGCAGCUGCAGUCAACCUUGUCAUAGGCGAGAAGCCGGCAGAUGUUUACUCAGGAAUUGCUACCAGAGUUCUUGACAUUAUGCGGAGAGAUGCAGAGAAAGAUCCUGCAACUGAUCCGAAUGCAUUGCGUGCUAGGCUUUUAAUUAAUCAGGUAGAUAGGAAAUUGGUUAAGCAAACAGUGAUGACAUCAGUAUAUGGUGUGACUUAUAUUGGUGCCCGAGAUCAGAUCAAAAGGAGGCUAAAAGAACGUUGUGCGAUUGAAGAUGAUGCAGAGUUGUUUGCAGCAUCUUGUUAUGCGGCAAAAACAACCUUGAUUGCCUUGGGGGAGAUGUUUGAAGCUGCACGAAGUAUAAUGAGUUGGCUAGGUGACUGUGCGAAGAUUAUAGCUUUAGAAAAUCAGCCAGUACGAUGGACAACUCCUCUCGGGCUUCCCGUUGUGCAACCAUACCGCAAAUUAGGAAGACACCUUAUUAAGACUUCUCUCCAGGUCUUGACGCUACAACGUGAAACUGACAAGGUCUUGGGUAAGAGGCAGAGAACCGCUUUCCCUCCAAAUUUCGUUCACUCUCUUGAUGGGUCCCACAUGAUGAUGACUGCUGUUGCCUGUAAAGAAGCAGGCUUAAAUUUUGCAGGAGUCCAUGAUUCAUAUUGGACACAUGCAUGUGAUGUUGACAAAAUGAACAGAAUACUCAGAGAAAAGUUUGUUGAACUUUAUGAUGCACCAAUUCUGGAAGAUUUGCUGGAGAGCUUUCAAAAAAGGUUCCCUACGUUGAAUUUCCCUCCCUUACCAGAGCGGGGAGACUUUGAUCUGAGAGAGGUAUUGAAAUCUCCUUAUUUCUUCAAUUGACCGAAUCAAGUGCUUCACAUCCAGCAGUUGCAUUUUUUAUUGGCCUCCAUCUUACGUUGACAAGUGAUGGCACGUAGUACUCUUCUAGUUUACCGUCACAUCAAAUUGAGAGGUAAGCACUUACCUUAUUCCGCAAGGGAAAGGAAGAAGGGAACAUGGCUCGAGGGUUGUGCCGUGCUUCAUCCAUGAACCAGGGGCCGCUAUGUUGUACAUAAAACAGAAAAUAUGUCAUCAACCACUACAUGUUGACGGUUUCUUGAAAUGAAAGGACAAGAGAUAUCGGAUUCGAAUAAUUUUUAAACAUGGUUUCGGUACAAGCCAGGGAAGCUGUUGAGGAAAUCAAAGCUCCAGGAAUGUAGAAGGAAAUUGUGAACUUUUUAUUCAUAUGAUUCACCUCCAUGGCUCCAUUUAUUCUUCUUUUUCGGAGUCUCUAUUUUUUCAGAGUUUUUGUAUCCAAUAAGAAAGAAUUCAAGUGGAGUACUUAUUUUGUAGUGUUUGUUAAAGGUAACACAAGGCAGUGCUAAUUCUAUUUUAUGUCUCGUGACUA